UACACACUUCACACUCUCUCCUCAACCGUACCAAAAACACCUUUUUCUCCCCAAAAAAGAGCUCAUUUCCCUUGUCCCCAAAAAUGGAUCUUCUCUUACUAGAGAAGACCUUAAUUGGUCUCUUCUUUGCCAUUUUAAUCGCUAUAAUUGUCUCUAGACUUCGUUCAAAGCGUUUUAAGCUUCCCCCAGGACCAAUCCCAGUACCAGUUUUUGGUAAUUGGCUUCAAGUUGGUGAUGAUUUAAACCACAGAAAUCUUACUGAUUUUGCCAAAAAAUUUGGUGAUCUUUUCUUGUUAAGAAUGGGCCAGCGUAAUUUAGUUGUUGUGUCAUCUCCUGAAUUAGCUAAAGAAGUUUUACACACACAAGGUGUUGAAUUUGGUUCAAGAACAAGAAAUGUUGUAUUUGAUAUUUUUACUGGAAAAGGUCAAGAUAUGGUUUUUACUGUAUAUGGUGAACACUGGAGAAAAAUGAGGAGAAUUAUGACUGUACCAUUUUUUACUAAUAAAGUUGUGCAGCAAUAUAGAGGGGGGUGGGAGUUUGAAGUGGCAAGUGUAAUUGAGGAUGUGAAGAAAAAUCCUGAAUCUGCUACUAAUGGGAUUGUAUUAAGGAGGAGAUUACAAUUGAUGAUGUAUAAUAAUAUGUUUAGGAUUAUGUUUGAUAGGAGAUUUGAGAGUGAAGAUGAUCCUUUGUUUGUUAAGCUUAAGGCUUUGAAUGGUGAAAGGAGUAGAUUGGCUCAGAGUUUUGAGUAUAAUUAUGGUGAUUUUAUUCCCAUUUUGAGGCCUUUUUUGAGAGGUUAUUUGAAGAUCUGUAAAGAAGUUAAGGAGAAGAGGCUGCAGCUUUUCAAAGAUUACUUUGUUGAUGAAAGAAAGAAGCUUUCAAAUACCAAGAGCUUGGACAGCAAUGCUCUGAAAUGUGCGAUUGAUCACAUUCUUGAGGCUCAACAGAAGGGGGAGAUCAAUGAGGACAACGUUCUUUACAUUGUUGAAAACAUCAAUGUUGCUGCUAUAGAAACCACAUUAUGGUCAAUUGAGUGGGGUAUCGCCGAGUUAGUCAACCACCCUCACAUCCAAAAGAAACUCCGCGACGAGAUUGACACAGUUCUUGGCCCAGGAGUGCAAGUGACUGAACCAGACACCCACAAGCUUCCAUACCUUCAGGCUGUGAUCAAGGAGACGCUUCGUCUCCGUAUGGCAAUUCCUCUAUUAGUCCCACACAUGAACCUUCACGAUGCAAAGCUUGGCGGGUUUGAUAUUCCAGCAGAGAGCAAAAUCUUGGUUAACGCUUGGUGGCUAGCUAACAACCCGGCUCAUUGGAAGAAACCCGAAGAGUUCAGACCCGAGAGGUUCUUCGAAGAGGAGAAGCACGUUGAGGCCAAUGGCAAUGACUUCAGAUAUCUUCCGUUUGGCGUUGGUAGGAGGAGUUGCCCUGGAAUUAUACUUGCAUUGCCAAUUCUUGGCAUUACUUUGGGACGUUUGGUUCAGAACUUUGAGCUGUUGCCUCCUCCAGGCCAGUCGAAGCUCGACACCACAGAGAAAGGUGGACAGUUCAGUCUCCAUAUUUUGAAGCAUUCCACCAUUGUGUUGAAACCAAGGUCUUGCUGAACUUUCUGAUCCUAAUCAAUUAAGGGGUUGAAGAAAUUUUAUAAUUAUGAUUGUAUUUGAUUAAAAACGUUGAAGUUUGACAGAAAACAUUCUUCUUUUUAUGUUAUAGAAAGUCUUGUUGGACUAGUUUCAUUGUAAGAUCGACCUAUCUGAAAUGUCUUUUUUUGAUGCACAAUGGUAAUUUGGCUUUCUAAUCAACCGAAGAGUUUGACUUUU